GAGAUUGCGGCGAAUCAGUCGGAGCAUAAUCGAUUUCCAAUCGAAUUAGGGUUUAGUUCUACCCCUUUCCCCCUAUUCGCCUUCCUCCUCCCGCUCGGAGCUCGUUGGCUGAUCGCAAUGGCGGACGAUGACUACAACGAUAUUGACAUGGGGUAUGAAGAAGAACCGCCAGAGCCUGAGAUUGAAGAAGGUGUAGAGGAGGAUGUCGAUAAUGCUAACAAUGAGGAUGUUCCUGAUCCUCUCGAUGGUGAGGAAAAAGAAGAACAAGAACCUGUAGAGCGACCUCGUAAGACGUCAAAGUAUAUGACCAAAUAUGAGCGUGCUAGAAUUCUGGGUACCCGUGCUCUGCAAAUCAGCAUGAAUGCACCUGUCAUGGUUGAGUUAGAGGGUGAAACUGAUCCACUGGAGAUUGCAAUGAAAGAGCUCCGAGAGAGGAAAAUACCAUUCACCAUCCGUCGCUAUCUCCCAGAUGGAAGUUAUGAGGAUUGGGGAGUAGAUGAAUUGAUCGUGGAAGAUUCCUGGAAGAGGCAAGUGGGGGGUGAUUGAUAAUUUCGUUGAGUGUGAAGAUUGGAUGCGGGAUGGAUGAAUUCUGUAGUGGUUGAAUUCUGUAAAUGCUAUGGUUUUCGCAAUGAACCACUCAACAAAAAUCGAUGACAAUGCCAGUGUCAGGGUCAUGAACAUUUUGAUGUGCGUCUGCGCAUGGUUGCUCUGAGAUGGAGUGUUUGACAGAGAUCCGGCGAUUUCUAAACUUCUAAACGCUCUACUUAAUACAUGUGUUUUUGGCCGGGAAUUAUUGCUUUAAAUAUAUGGAGAUACGUG